UCCAUCCAGCUCCAAGGAAGGAAGGAGGAAGCUGCUCGAGCCGCAUGUGUGACUCUUCCAGAAUGCUGCAGAACCGCGUUGCUAUGUGACUCCUCGGGAUUAUUUAUCUGGUUUCAGGUCGGUGGGCAGUAAGGUUAGAGAGUCUGCAGUCCCAGCCGGUGUUUGGGGGGUAGCGGGGCGCGUCGGGAAGGAGGUGUAAAGUGGUUUCAGGGAAGUGGAGCGUGGCAGCGAAAAGGAGAGAAAGGGGGGCUUCUUUUUCUGUUCCUGUGUGAUACCAGAUAGCUUCGCCUCGCUUCGCUUCGCUUUACCACGACGGGACUGACGGUAGAAUAUGGCGGAGCAUCACCCGGUUACCGACAACAAACACAAAUCGUCGCUGAACUCCGGAGCGUCCUAUUCUGGGAACGGGAGGAGCAGCACGGCGGUGGCGGAGAGAAGCGGCAGCACCGCCGGGGCAGCAGGAGGAGGAGGUCUGUCCGGCGGCCUGUCGCAGCCGGCCGGGUGGCAGUCCCUGCUGUCUUUCACCGUCCUCUUCCUGGCCUGGCUGGCCGGCUUCAGCUCCAGGCUCUUCGCUGUCAUCCGCUUCGAGAGCAUCAUCCACGAGUUUGACCCCUGGUUCAACUACAGGUCCACUCAUCAUCUCACCACCAACGGCUUCUAUGAGUUCCUCAACUGGUUUGACGAAAGAGCAUGGUACCCUCUGGGCAGGAUAGUAGGGGGCACGGUCUACCCAGGCCUGAUGGUCACGGCGGGCCUCAUCCACUACGUGCUCAACCUGCUGAAUAUCACCGUCCACAUCCGGGACGUGUGUGUGUUUCUGGCUCCGGUGUUCAGCGGCCUGACCUCCAUCUCCACCUUUCUGCUGACCCGGGAGCUGUGGAACCAGGGGGCGGGGCUGCUGGCGGCCUGCUUCAUCGCCAUCGUCCCCGGCUACAUCUCCCGCUCCGUGGCCGGCUCCUUCGACAAUGAAGGCAUUGCCAUCUUUGCCCUGCAGUUCACCUACUACCUCUGGGUGAAGUCGGUGAAGACGGGAUCUGUCUUCUGGGCCAUCGGAUGCUGUCUCUCCUAUUUCUACAUGGUGUCAGCUUGGGGCGGUUACGUGUUCAUCAUCAACCUUAUUCCUCUUCACGUAUUUGUCCUGCUUCUAAUGCAGCGCUUCAGUAGGAGAGUCUACAUAGCCUACAGCACCUUCUACAUCAUCGGCCUGGUCUUGUCCAUGCAGAUCCCCUUUGUGGGCUUUCAGCCAAUCAGGACCAGUGAACACAUGGCCGCAGCAGGUGUGUUUGUGCUGCUUCAGGUCUACGCCUUCCUGCUGUACCUGAAGGACCGGCUGACCAAGCAGGAGUUCCAGACUCUGUUCUUCCUGGGAGUCUCUCUGGCUGCUGGAGUGGUUUUCCUCUCUGUCAUCUACCUGACAUACACAGGGUACAUCGCUCCAUGGAGUGGGCGCUUCUACUCCCUCUGGGAUACUGGCUAUGCUAAGAUCCACAUCCCCAUCAUAGCAUCAGUAUCUGAGCACCAGCCCACCACCUGGGUGUCCUUCUUCUUCGACCUUCACAUCCUCGUCUGCACCUUCCCAGCAGGCCUCUGGUUCUGCAUUAAGAACAUCAACGAUGAGCGGGUCUUCGUGGCCCUGUAUGCCAUCAGCGCUGUUUAUUUCGCCGGCGUCAUGGUGCGUUUGAUGCUGACUCUGACUCCGGUGGUGUGCAUGCUGUCGGCGGUGGCCUUCUCCAGCGUCUUUGAGCACUACCUGGGAGACGACAUGAAGAGGCAGAGUCCGCCCGCAGAGGACAGCAGCGACGAGGACGACAGGAAGAACGCCGGCAACCUCUAUGACAAGGCCGGUAAGGUGCGUAAACAUGUAUCAGAGCAAGAGAAGGCUGAGGAGGGUCUGGGCCCCAACAUCAAGUCCAUAGUCACCAUGCUGAUGCUGAUGCUGCUCAUGAUGUUCGCCGUCCACUGCACCUGGGUCACCAGCAACGCCUACUCCAGCCCCAGUGUAGUACUGGCUUCAUACAACCACGAUGGCUCCCGUAACAUCCUGGAUGACUUCAGAGAGGCCUACUACUGGCUGAGGCAGAACACAGACGAGCACGUCAGAGUGAUGUCCUGGUGGGACUAUGGCUACCAGAUAGCAGGCAUGGCAAACAGAACCACGCUAGUCGACAACAAUACGUGGAACAACAGUCAUAUAGCAUUGGUCGGCAAAGCCAUGUCAUCCAAUGAGACUGCCGCCUAUGAAAUCAUGAGGUCGCUGGACGUCGACUACGUCCUGAUCAUCUUCGGAGGGGUGAUCGGCUACUCGGGCGACGACAUCAACAAGUUCCUGUGGAUGGUGCGCAUCGCAGAGGGGGAGCACCCCAGAGACAUCCGGGAAAGUGACUACUUUACCCCGCAGGGAGAGUUCAGAGUGGACAAAGCUGGUUCCCCGACCCUCCUCAACUGCCUUAUGUACAAAAUGUCCUACUACCGCUUUGGAGAAAUGCAGUUGGACUUCCGGACGCCACCGGGCUUCGACCGAACACGCAACGCUGAGAUUGGCAACAAGGACAUAAAGCUGAAGCACCUGGAGGAAGCCUUCACCUCCGAGCACUGGUUGGUCAGGAUUUAUAAGGUCAAAAAGCUGGAGAACAGAGACCGCGUAGAGCACAAGCUGCGAGGCACCGACACCACUAAGCAGAAGUACACCUCCAAAAAGACCGCCAAGAGGAAGCGGGGACACAUCAAGAACAAGCUUUCCCUCAAGAAGGGCAAGAAACUGACCAAGAAAUCUUUAUAGAACGUCCACCACCGACAGAGAGGGGCACACCGUGGACGGGAGAGGAGAAAAAAAAAUCUUAAAUACAAAACUUUCAACAAAAACAAGCAGCAACAGUAAAU